AUGUCAAAGCUAAUUGGAUUAGAAAAUGUUAUCCGGUUAAUGGAUAAGACCGAAAACAUUAGGAAUAUGUCCGUGAUAGCCCACGUAGACCAUGGUAAAAGUACUUUAACUGAUACUUUAGUCGUUAAAGCUGGAAGUCUUUCAGCUGAAAAGUCUGGAUCUCGUUUUACCGAUACUAGAGCCGAUGAACAAGAAAGAGGUAUUACUAUCAAAUCUACUGCUAUCUCUAUGCAGUUCAAAUUGAAGGAAGAGAGUUACCAACACUUCAUGAAAGAAAAAACUUCCGAGAACCAUUUCUUAAUCAACCUAAUUGACUCACCAGGACACGUUGAUUUCAGUUCUGAAGUAACAGCUGCCCUUAGAGUUACUGAUGGAGCCUUAGUAGUAGUAGACUGUAUUGAAGGUAUUUGUGUGCAAACUGAAACUGUCUUAAGACAAGCUGUAAUUGAAAAGAUCAAGCCAGUCCUUUGUCUUAAUAAGUUAGACCGAUCUUUACUAGAACUACAACAAGCCCCGACUGAAUUAGCCUCUUCUUUACGUAAGACUAUUGAAAAUUUCAAUGCUACUCUUUCUAAAUUCCAUGUGGAAGAAGAAGGAGGUAAAGAGAGUGGAACUGUUGAGGCAUUAGAUCCAGCUAAUUUAGAAGUAUCUUUCUGUUCGGGUUUACAAGGUUGGGGUUUUACUUUAAGACAAUUUGUUGAGUUUUAUGCUGAUACGUUUAAGAUCUCAGAAAAGACUGAUCCAGUUGAGAAACUAGCUGUUAUGAAGAAGUUCCAAGCUUUACUUUGGAAUCACAAGUGUUUUUAUUCUAAGACUGAUCCAUUUGAUGGUACUGGUAAGUUUAGUAAGAGUGGAAAUCCGGAAAACUUAGCUUUUGUUGUCUUUGUGCUUAAUCCUCUCUAUCGAGUGCGUGAUCUGUGCAUGCAAGGAGAUAAGAAAGGUUUAGUCGAGUUAAUGGCUAAGUAUAAGAAAGAGUUGCCUAAGUCGGUCUUAGAAGAGACUAAUCCGAAAGAACUCUUUAAAGGAGUUAUGCGGCGGUGGUUACCAGCCGCUGAUACUCUUUUAGAACAGAUUAUCAUUAACUUACCUUCACCUUCGGAAAGUCAGAAGUAUCGGGCUGAAUCUCUUUAUGAAGGUCCGGCUGAUGAUCAGUUCUGUACGGCUAUCAAAAACACUGAUAUGUCCGAAGAUGCUCCAGUUAUGAUGUACGUUUCUAAAAUGAUUCCCCAGGGAACGGGUCGGUAUAUUGCUUUUGGUCGAGUCUUCUCCGGUGUACUUAAGGCCGGUUGCCAGGUUUACGUCCAGAGUCCUGAUUAUGUUCCAGGGGUUGGUAAGGAAUUGAAGCCUAAAGUUGUUUCUCGGGUCUUUUUAAUGAUGGGAAGGACGGCUCCGGAGAUUAAACAGUGUCCAGCUGGUAAUAUUGUUGGUAUUUUAGGAGUUGAUUCGGAAAUUCAGAAGACAGCUACUAUUUGCAGUAUGAAAGGUGCUCAUAAUAUCAAGAGUAUGAAAUUUAGUGUCUCCCCGGUUGUUAGGUACUCUAUUCUUCCUAAGAAUACGGCUGAUCUACCUAAGUUGAAGGAAGGACUGACUAAACUAUCACAAGUAGAUAGUUUGUGCCAAGUUCAGUACAUGAAGAGUGGAGAGAUUGUUGUGGCUGGUGCAGGAGAAAUGCACGUUGAGAUUUGCUUGAAUGAUUUAGAGAAUGAGCAUGCUAAGGUCCCGAUUAUUAGAGGUGAACCGCAAGUUUCUUACUUUGAGAGUAUUUCUAGCAGUAUGUCGACUACGGUUAUGUCUAAGAGUGCUAAUAAGCAUAAUAAGGUUUAUAUGAUUGUAGAGCCAUUGGGUGAAGAGAUAACUAAGGCCAUUAAUGAGGGAGAUCUUAUCUCAACCGAUCCAAAAGUCCGGGUGGAACUGUUUAAGAAACGGUUUGAUGAGGUAGAUGAAUGGAUUAAGCGGAUCUUAUGUUAUGCCCCGGAUGAUUGUGGCCCGAAUGUGAUUGUGGACUCAACGAAGGGAGUGCAGAACUUGAACGAAGUCAAGGAGUUCUUGAAGAUGGGAUUGGACUGUGCCGUUAAGGAAGGACCAGUAAUUGGUGAGCCGGUGCAUGGUUUACGUUUAGACUUAAUGGACUUGACUUUGCACGCUGAUGCUAUUCAUCGAGGGGCGGGUCAGAUUAUUCCAACGAUGAGUCGUUUGGCUACUGGUUUAGUCUUAGCUGCUACGCCUAUUCUUUAUGAACCUAUCUUUUUAGCUGAGAUAUCCUUACAGGAAUCGAUGAUUGAUGCGGCUAUGCAGGUAGUUAAGUCACGACGUGGUGAGAUAGUAGAUGCGAUCUAUAAUGGACACCGAUCGUGCUUGAAAGCUUACAUUCCAGUGCAGCGAUCGUUCAAACUGAACACGGAGUUGAUGGAGACGACGGCUGGUGGCGCAAGUGUGAACUUAGUACUUGAUCAUUACGCUAUUGUUCCUGGGUCCCUGGAUAAGGAAGACUCACCGAUGUUCACGAUUGUCCGUGACUUACGUAAGAAGAAGGGUAUGGGCGAGCUUAAAGAUGCCACUGAGUACUUCUGCCGGGAAUAA